ACAGCUAGCAGACUACGGUGUGCCGUUUGUGACCAAGAGCAGAACGCGCGAAGUGAGAGAAUUCGAGCAGCAUUUCAGAAAAGUCUUCUAUGGAUCCUUUAAAUGAAGCUUAGUAAAUAUACCUUGUGAACUGACAGCAACAUGGACAAUCCAAAGCGGAAAUUAAGGUCUGGAAAGGAGAUUUCAAAGGACAAGUGUCAACCUAAGAAAAAGGCCAAUGAUACUGGUACAGAAGAUGUUUCAUCUGCACCUAAAAGUGUUAAAGCAUCUGACGAUUCAGGAUGUAUAAAUAUUGUAGAAGAAAGUGAGCAUGCUGGGACAGCUACAGUAGAGGAACAAUCCAGAACCAUACAAUGUAAAGAACGUGGCUCUUCAGAAACAACUGAUGCUUUGGUUUGUUCAUUUUGCAAUUUUGUUGCAAAAACUCAAACUGCUCUGAAAAUUCACUCAACAAGAAAACACUCUCAUAAAGGAGGCUUACAAAAUGACACAGUCUCUGACACAGUUAUUGCACCGGGGUUAAAUCCGUUGCAGAACACACCACAAUUACAAGAAAGUGAAAACCGAACACAUCUUUCAGAGUUGAAACUGGACAGUACUUCUGUGUCAGAGGAAGACAAACAAUCAGAUACCUGCAUGGUUCAAACAGAGACUGAACAUACACAUCAACUCCUUGUAGAUGAGGCUGUAAUAUCUGAGAAGUUUGUUGACACUUCUGAGGAUGGAAGAACCAGUCCCACUCAGAUGUUGCUGGAAAUAGUUGAGCCCACUUCAUGUAGAUGUCAGGAUGGUGAAGACACAAAUGAGACCUUUAAAGAUGGUGAUGAUAUGCAAGCCGGCUGUAGUUUUCAUUUGGAAAGUAAAGUGAAAAGCAAUAAAAAUGGUGGCAUUGAUGGACAUGCUGAGAAUCAUAAAAGUAAAAGGCAUUCAAAGCCUAAUACUCUACAUGCAUGUUCCUGUUGUGUACAUAAAGUCAUAGAUGGACACAGCCCAGACACGCAUAUUAAGAGGCAACAUCAUAAAAAACAAAAUAAAGUCUGCGAUUUCUGUAGCUAUUCUUGCGUUGUAAAGUGUGAUCACGAGAAGCAGUGCAUGAGCAAUAAGCACAACCAAAAGAUGUUGGAGAAUCAGGAUUCAUUAAAGACAGAGAUGACGCCUCAAGAAUUAGUUUUCCCACCAUCGACAACAGUGUUGACGCAUCCGACUGAAGGCAAGGUACAACAUCAAUGUGACAGGUGCAACUUCACAGCUAACAACUCUGUAAUGUUAGCACAGCACAUUAAAACGCACCAUCCAGUGGAGCACCGUUUCCACUGCAGGGCCUGCCAUUACUACACCACCACCAUAGAGAGCAUGGAGGUUCAUCUGUCAGAAGAAGUCCACCAACAGGUGGCCAAAGAGAAAAACAUUAGCCCUUUAUUUAAAGACUGUGUUGAAAAAAUCCUUGUGAUUCUGUCAGAUCAAAGGGAGGACAGAAAAAUGAAUGAGAGUGACGCUCCUGAGCACUGCUCUAAAGAAGCUGGGGAGGUUCAGGAAACAGAAAAUGUACUACCAGAGCCAGCUGAAACUGUAAGGAAAGGUUCUCCUCACAAACGGAAGCGAGGUAGACCAAAGACAUCUGAUGUGACUGUUUGUAGUCAUUGUGGGCUCGUUGCUUCCAAUGCCACCAACCUCAACGUCCAUAUACGACGCAGGCACAGUCGGUUAUACAGCUUCGUUUGUAAGCUGUGUAACUAUUACUGUGUGACCAAGGGGGACAUGGACCGCCACUGUGAAACUAAAAAACACAUUAACAGAAUGCAAGCAGCCGGAAGUGAAGGCAGUGGGGUAGUCCUGCUAGAUGAGCAGCCAAGUCAAGCAAAGAAAAAUGAGACAGAAAUGGGUGACAAAGUAUCAGUGAUUGAGACACCUAUUGAUGAAUUGGACAAAAAUAACUCCAGUGUACCAUGUAAGAAAAGCAAGUAUGACCUGAGUAAUAUCUGCACUCAGUGUGACUUUGUUGCCCACUCAACUCCGUCUCUAGCUCUCCAUGUGCGACGCAAGCACACAAAAGACUUUGAGUUUGUUUGUUUAGCAUGCAGCUACUACACCGUAACCCGCAGAGAGAUGUUUAGACACAUGGCAACAGAAAAACACAAGCAGAAACGUGAGUGUUACCUGAAAAAACAGAACCAAAGCUUUAAUAAUGUUCGGGCUGCUAUGACCAUCAAGUCCACCUUUGAAGACCCAGAGACAAUCACAGGAUCGGAAGUGGUCCAUAACAGUUCUAUUUUAACAUCUUCAAGCACCACAACUAAAGAUGAAGAGAAUUCUGCAAAUGAAGAUGGAGCAAAACAAUCUGCUGAAAAGAAUACUUCCAAAGACAAUGAAGAAUCCUCAACUAAUCCAGCUGAAUCAAAUGUGGCUGACAUGGUCCAGUCAAUGACGAUGGUGAAAGACGCAAUGCUGGAGGAAAUGGAUGAAGAAAAUGUGUUUGAUGAAGAUGAAAUGACUGAUAUGGGAGAUGACAGUCCCUCUAGUGAGAAACACCUUAGAGCGAUACAGUUUGAUGCUUGCAUCUAUCCCUUAAAAACAUUAGCAGAGCGCAAGCAGGCAUCACAUGACGAAGAACAAACUACAGGUGCAUUAAACCAGCAGAGCAUCAAAAAGCCUAAAACACUGGUUGGACCUGAGACAAAGACUACCAAACCAAUUCCACGUAUCCGCUGUGAGGACUGUGGUUUUUUGGCAGAUGGCUUAAGUGGACUAAAUGUUCAUAUCUCCAUGAAACAUCCAUCAAAGGAGAAACAUUUCCAUUGCUUGCUCUGUGGAAAGUCCUUCUACACAGAGAGUAACCUACAGCAGCACUUAAGCAGUGCAGCACAUAUGCGCAACGAGCAUGGAAGCACUGAAGAUCUUCCAGAAGGAGGCGCCAGCUUUAAAUGUGUCCGAUGCAGUGAGCCCUGCCAAACCGAGCAGGAACUGUUUGUGCAUAUCAAAGAGAAACACGAAGAACUGCUGAGAGAAGUGAACAAAUAUGUGCUGGAGGACACAGAGCAGAUCAACCGAGAGCGGCAGGAAAACCAGGGCAAUGUGUGCAAGUACUGCGGCAAAGUAUGCAAGAGCAGCAACUCCAUGGCUUUCCUGGCUCACAUUCGCACACACACAGGAUCUAAACCGUUCAUGUGCAAGAUCUGUAACUUUGCUACUGCUCAGCUUGGUGAUGCCCGCAACCACGUUAAGAGACAUCUAGGCAUGAGAGAGUACAAGUGUCACAUCUGUGGAUGGGCAUUUGUGAUGAAGAAACAUCUCAACACUCAUCUGCUGGGAAAGCAUGGACUGGGCCAGCCCAAAGAGAGAAAGUUCGAGUGUGAGCUUUGUGAGCGGAGCUUCAGUGAGAAAUGGGCACUGAAUAACCACAUGAAGCUGCACACAGGAGACAAGCCGUACAAGUGUGGAUGGCCAUCAUGUCAUUAUGCCUUCCUGACUCUGUCUGCUAUGAAGGACCAUCACAGGACACACACAGGAGAGAAGUCUUUCCUGUGUGAUCUCUGCGGAUUUGCUGGUGGAACUCGUCAUGCCCUAACCAAACAUCGACGCCAACACACAGGUGAACGACCGUUCAAGUGUCAGCUGUGCAAUUUUGCCUCAACCACACAGUCCCAUCUGACACGCCACAAACGUGUGCAUACAGGCGAGAAGCCCUAUCGCUGCCCUUGGUGUGACUACAGAUCUAACUGUGCAGAGAAUAUCCGAAAACACAUCCUGCACACAGGCAAGCAUGAGGGGGUGAAGAUGUAUAACUGUCCCAAGUGCAGCUACGCCACCAAUGCCCCAAUGGACUUCAGAAAUCAUCUCAAAGAGACUCACCCUGACAUUGAGAACCCAGACCUGGCUUACUUACAUGCAGGAAUCGUGUCCAAGUCCUUCGAGUGUCGUCUGAAGGGACAGGGGGCAACCUUUGUCCAGGCAGACACCACUUUCACCCCUGAUGAGAGUGAACUGGGUUCUGAGGCUGUUCAGCAGGUCAUCAUCAUUCAGGGCUACGGCGGGGGAGAGGUGGCCAUCGAUCAGGCCCUGGAGGAGUCGGCUGCUGCCACCUUACAGACCCUCGCUAUGUCUAGUCAGCUGGCCGAAGUGCUGCACAUCACUGAGGAUGGGCAGCUCAUCACAUCUGGUCGGGAAGUGUCUACAGUGACAGGAGGACAGACCACUCAGUACGUGCUGGUGGAGUCUUCCGGAGAGACCGUAGGAGAAGCAAGACAGGAAGGGGAGGAGGCUGUGCACAGUGUGUCCGAGUCUUCCUCUGCUCUGGAUGCUUUGCUUUGUGCCGUGACAGAGUUGGGCCAACAAGGCUGCACUAGAGUGGGAGAGAUUACCACCACCACAGUGUCAGAGCAUGUGCCAGAAGAGAAGUGUGAAGGUCAGACCUCUCAGACACAGAGACAAAGUGAAGGACAGGUAUAUGAGGAGACGGCAGAAGUGGGAGUGGUGGCUCAGGUAAUGAGCUCUAACCAUGAGCACACAUCUGAGGAAAUGCAAGAGGUGCUACAGUUUGCUGCCAGUCAGCUGAUGAUGAAGGAGGGUCUUACUCAAGUUAUCGUCAAUGACGAGGGGACACAUUACAUAGUCACACAGCUGGAUGACUCUACUCUGCAUGUUGAGGGCACUGUAGAGGAUCCAUCCGGACAGGAGACGAUAGUUUACUCCGAAAUUAGUCCUGAAUGAGGUGGAGAUGAGAGAUUGGGAGUAGAUUUUCUUGAAUUUGAAAUAGUUUUUCUUGUCUAAGAGAGUGAACUCAGGUCAAAGUGUAACAUAUGUCAAAAGCAAGCUUUUUGGGAUGGAUUGCUUUGGUUGCUUUGGUUUUUUGAUUGCUAAUUCCAUAUACAACAGCACUUGUGAAAUGAACUCUUUAUAUGUAAAAAUGCUUUAUAUCCUUUUACUAAAGACUAACAACCAAAAGCAUAAAAUAUUUUUUUUGCAGUUAAAUGUAUGUAAAUGUUAAGAUUACUAAUGAAAACCUUGUUAAGCAUUCACUUUCUGUUUCAUAUUCCUUUAUGUAUGUAUUUUAGUUUUGAAAUUCAAAUAUUUGAAAUAGUUUAGGAUUCAGGAUUGAGGACUUAACAAAACUCCAGACAACAUGAUCGGUAAAGUAAAGAACAUGUAUAAAACUCCAUUAACUCUCAUAAACUGCUUAAAUGAAAAAUGUAUAUUUAUAACCUGCUUGUGAUUGUUUUUUGUUUUGUUUUUAAUUAUUAUUAUUACUAUUAUUAUUAUUAUUAUUCAAAAUGUGAACUUCUGAAUAUAUUUUCCAGUAAAUUUGCCAUUUAAAAGUUUAGUUUUGAGAGUUUGACUUGCUUAAGUCCUGUAAAUAAAGAACUGACCAGUU